AUGAGGAAGCUCUCUGAUAGGCUGAUUCUUGAACACCAUCCAAAUCAGUCAAUCGGUGAGCUUCCUACGCUGCCCACUCGCCUGAAAAUCCCUUUGAGAGGUUUGGAUCUUAUCAAAUCGAUCGGCUCUCCCAUUGAACAGUUGAUGUUCAGGUUAAAGGACAGAGUCAAACUGCUUUCCAGAGUAUGGAGUACCAUGUUUAGUCAAACUGCUUUCCAGAGUAUGGAGUACCAUGUUUGUGGGAAAAUUGCAAAAGUAAUUGUUAACAGACUGGAAGAUGUAUCAACAUCUAGACCACAAAUCGAAGUUCAGGUUCAAGUUGAGAAACAGGAAAAUGCUUUUGAUGACAGUUGGAUUGGAGCUACAUGCAGUGAUUCAGCUACUCAGCAGAUCAAGAUCGAGAAGCAGGAGGAUGAAUUUGGAGAAUGUGAAUUUGAAACUAGCAACGUCAAUGAUGAGUCAUCCACAAACAAUGGUUCAACUUCCAAUCAGAUGGCGAGAGUUAAGCAGGAGAAUGAUAGCAGCCAAGAACCAGCGCCAGAGUGCAGCACUGCAUGCUCUCCAACUGAUGAUGAUUUCAGCCAACAACAUUAUCUAAUCCCUGGCUAUAAUCUAAUAUUCAUCAAAGAGGAAGAAUAUGUUGAGAAAGAGGCAGAAGGAUGUUUGGUGGAGAGUGAACCGGAGAUGUGGCCUUCAAACUGCAGCACAUCUGAAACUGCCAAUGCAACAGAAGUGGGUGGACUGAAUGCACAUUCAAUCUCUCUAGUGGAAGAGUGCACUGAGCCAUCUGUGGCUGGCAAAAAGAUCAAGCUCUACAGCUGUGCUGACUGCAGCUAUAAAACUCCAUCGAUCACUCAUUGGAAGAGACACAUGACGAAACACACUGGGGAAAAGCCUUUCAGUUUUGAACAAGAGGCAGAAGGAAGUUCAAUGGAGGAUGAACCAGAGAUGUGGUCCUCAAACUGCAGCACAUCUGAAACUGCCAAUACAAAAGAAGUGGGUGGACUGAAUCAGCAUUCAAUCUCUCCAGUGGAAACGUACAUUGAGCCAACUGUGGCUGGCAAAAAGACCAAGCUCUAUAGCUGUGCUGACUGCAGCUAUAAAACCACAUGGAUCAGAAAUAUUAAGAGACACAACAUGAGAAAACACACUGGGGAAAAGCCUUUCAGUUGUGAGCUAUGUGACUUUAAAUGUUCUGAUUCGUAUGCUUUGAAGCAACAUAUCAGAACACAUACAGGAGAAACACCUUUCAGCUGCGAGUAUUGUGACUAUAGAUGUGCUCGUACAAGUGAUUUGAAGAAACAUAUAAGAACACAUACAGGAGAAACACCUUUCAGCUGCGAGUAUUGUGAUUAUAAAUGUGCUCUAUCUUGUAAUUUGAAGAGACAUAUCAGAAAACAUACAGGAGAAACACCUCUCAGCUGCGAGUAUUGUGACUAUAAAUGUGGUCAAUCUGGUACUUUGAAGAAACAUAUCAGAACACAUACAGGAGAAACACCUUUCAGCUGCGAGUAUUGUGACUAUAAAUGUGCUCAAUCUGGUACUUUGAAAGCACAUAUCAGAACACAUACUGGAGAAACACCUUUCAGCUGCGAGUAUUGUGACUAUAAAUGUGCUCUAUCUUUUACUUUGAAGAGACAUAUCAGAACACAUACAAGAGAAACACCUUUCAGCUGCGAGUUUUGUGAAUAUAAAUGUUCUCUAUCUUCCACUUUGAAGAGACAUAUCAGAACACAUACAAGAGAAACACCUUUCAGUUGCGAGUUUUGUGACUAUAAAUGUGCUCUAUCUUCUACUUUGAAGAUACAUAUCAGAACACAUACAAGAGAAACACCUUACAGCUGCGAGUUUUGUGAAUAUAAAUGUGCUCAAUCUUCUACUUUGAAGAGACAUAUAAGAACACAUAUAGGAGAAACAACUUCCAGCUGAAAGUUUGUGACUACAUGUAAUACUCAUUCAAAUUAUUAUUAUUAUUAUUCUUUUUUUUACUAUGUAGGGUGUAAAAAAUAAACGAGAUGAUAUUAGAUAAUAUCAUAGAGAAACAAUAGCAUAAGUAGAUAUCCCAUGGUAUAGGGAAUUUAUGUCGCAACUUUUACUGUUAUCUCAAGCUGAUAGUCCACAUAGUUCUUUCCUAUGAAGCUUU